AUGGCACAAUCCGCCGGAAAGGUCCUGGAAGGUGUCUUUGCCAUCAAUAAGCCACCGAGUAUCUCAUCUGCACAAGUAUUACGAGACCUGCAAAAUACGUUUCGCACCUCAGAAACUUUCGCUCCCCUACUCAAGCAGACCGAUGCACAAGAUGCUCAAAAUAGGCAAAGAGCUAAAAGAAGGAAGAUAGACAAUGACAACGCUUUCAAAAUGGGCCAUGGAGGUACCUUAGAUCCUAUGGCUACAGGUGUUCUGAUUGUUGGCAUCGGUCGAGGGACAAAAUCGUUGCAAAGCUUUCUCGACUGCACGAAAACUUACGAAACUGUUGUGCUAUUCGGAAAGAGCACUGACACCUAUGAUGUUGCUGGUAAAGUUGUCGCGUCUGCCGAUACCAGCAAAAUCGACCCACACUUAGUCGAGGACAAGUUGUCUGCUUUUCGUGGUGACAUCAAACAAGUGCCUCCCAUCUACAGCGCUCUGAAGAUCAACGGCAUAAAAGCCUACGACUACGCCCGCAGCGGAAAAGAACUUCCUCGAGAACUUGCUGCAAGAGAUAUGAAAGUUUCAGAGUGUGUUCUCUUGGACUGGUAUGAGGCUGGACAGCACGACUUCCGUUGGCCUGCAGAGGAAGCUCCUCAAGAGGAAAAAGAUGUGCUCUCAAAGCUUACAAACAAGACAAAAGGCACCUCAGGACAAGAAUCAGACGUGGAACCCCUUCACAAGAAUGUUGGAGGAGAAAAAGAAAACUCAAAUGCCGACCAUCAGGCCCAGCGUGCGGUUCUCGACACACCACGAGAUGCCGAUAAUACGCAUGCGCACGCACGAAAGAAAAAGGCCUCCAUGCACACUCACACGAUCACAGGGCUAUCUGAGCUUCCUGCAAACGCACCAGCCGCCAGAAUCAAGCUGACUGUGUCCAGCGGUUUCUACGUACGCUCCUUUGCUCAUGACCUCGGGAUAGCAUGUGGUUCCUAUGGCACAAUGGCAGAAUUGGCUCGAACGCGCCAGGGAGCGUACACCGCAGUUCAGUCUGAAGAUGCAGAGUUCUUUCCAGCUGUUGAAUACGCUGAUUUGGGGCGAGGAGAGGCUGCAUGGAGUCCACGUAUCACUGAGGUCUUGAGUGCCUGGCUUGCGCAGAAUCCUGCAGAGCAGAACACCGCGAGUAGGACUAAUAACAGCUCGGCACAGACUUUCAGACACAAGAACAACGGGCAGAAUUUCCACAAGAACCGGUCGAAACGCCGAAAUAGUUCUUCACCAGAAUGA